CUCGAGCUUUAACUCAACUCAGACGGCAACAAAAAGGUUGAAGUUUGAGACUGACCGACCAGCUAAAAGGCAACCACCAUAAACUUUACCAAAUAGUAUUUCAAAACUGAAGGGGGAAAAAAAAAAAGAAAAGAAAAAAGAGAAUGAUGAAAAGGAAAACGAUCUCGAAGUUAAGGUAGAGAGAGAGGGAAAAAAAAAUGGAAAGAGAAGAAAAAAGUGAACAUGGGGUAGCAGAAAAGGAGGAAAAUUUGGGGGAAAAGUUGAGAAGAGGGGUCUUGUUGGCAACAAGAGGGGGCCCAAGUACUCCAACUGCGUCUUCUUGGAGACUUUGGCCUUCUCUUGAAGCGCGGGCGCAUGAUAGCAUCAUUAAAGAAAACAGUCAUCUUUCUGCAAGGAAACUAGCCGCCGCUCUCUGGGAAUUCCAUCGUCAAUUUCCUCGCUCUAAAAUGCACCGGGGUGUUAACUUCAAUGGUGUCAGUGACUCUAAAAUGCGCCGCCACCGUCCUCCUCACCACCAGCUUCACAAGGAAAAGUCUCUUGAUUUGUCUCAUUUCUUGGCUGAUCCAUCCCCAAGCUCCCCUGAACAGCCAGAAAGUGCAAGCAGUUUGAGGAGGCAUAUAGCUCAAUCACUGAUUCAACAUCAUCAAUCGAUCGAAAGAAGUAAUCGUGCCUUGCGGGCUGUGUCUCCAGCAAGUUAUGGUAGUUCCAUGGAGAUGGCACCAUAUAAUCCGGCAGUCACUCCAACCAGUUCGAUAGAAUUUAAAGCAAGGGUUGGUGAGUCACGAUAUAAUCUUAAAACGUCCACAGAACUACUGAAAGUAUUAAAUAGAAUAUGGAGCUUGGAAGAACAGCAUGCUUCAAAUGUAGCAUUGAUAAAAGCAUUGAAGACAGAGCUAGACCAUUCCCGUAUGAGGAUCAAAGAGUUACUUCGAGAUCAGCAGGUAGAACGCCAUAAAAUAGAUGGUCUAAUGAACCAAAUUGCAGAGGAUAAGCUAGUUAGGAAGAGUAAGGAGCAGGAUCGGAUCCAUGCUGCCAUACAGUCUGUAAGGGAGGAGCUAGAGGAUGAGAGGAAGUUAAGAAAGCGAUCAGAGAGCUUACACAGGAAGUUAGCACGAGAGCUAUCAGAGGUGAAUUCUUCCCUUUCUGAUGCUUUGAAAGAGCUCGAAAGAGAGAAUAAAGCAAGGAAACUUUUGGAAGACCUUUGUGAUCAAUUUGCUUUGGGCAUAAAAGACUAUGAUCAGGAGGUGCAUGCAUUGAAACAGAAAUCUGACAAAGAUUGGGCUGGAAAGGCUGAUUGUGAUCGUUUGAUUCUCCAUAUAUCUGAAUCAUGGAUUGACGAAAGGAUGCAGAUGAAUCUAGAAGAGCCUAAUGGUGGUUUUUCUGAGAAGCAAUCAAUAGUGGACAAGUUGGGCUUUGAAAUAGAGACUUUUCUUCAGGCCAAGCAAGCAGCUUCUUCUAAGAGAAAUGAUGACAUACUGCCUAGGGAUAGACGGAAUUCUCUUGAAUCCGUCCCUCUAAACGAGGUUGUGAGUGCACCUCAAGCUGCUGGAGAUGAUGAAGAUUCUGCAGGCAGUGAUUCAAAUUGUUUUGAACUAAAGAAACAAAGCAAUGGUGACAUGAAGUUGCAUCAAGAUGAAGCUGUGGACAGUCAUAUUGAUGAAAUGAUGAAGCAUAACCAAAUAAAGAAAAAUAUUGUUUCUCGUGAAAGAAUUAGGGGUCGAAACCCUUCCAGUUUGCAAGUUAAGUUUGAAGAACACAUGGCUUCGGCAAUGUCCUCUAAUGGUAAUAAGGGGCCCGAGAUGGUGGAUAGGGAACCAACUGAAUUGAACAUGGCAAAUAAAUCUGAAAAUCGUGGAGCCCCAGAAGAUGACAGUCAUGAAAGAAAGAAUGAACAUGAUGAGCUCCAUGGAUCAAACUCAAACUAUAUGAUUGAUAAUUUAAUAAGAAAUCAUAUAUUAUUGUCAGAAGGUGGGAUGCAGAGUAUACACGCCGAGAAUGAUUCUGGUGAGGCUUCUUGCAGUUACCCCACGCGGAGGAAGCAGGCUAGUCCGGUUCGCCGGUGGAUGUCAAAACUUACACCACCAGACAUUGACAUUUCAGAAUCAUCUACAAAAUUGCCUCCAGUGUCAAAGGACAGUACUUUGAAGACAAAGCUUCUUGAAGCAAGGUCAAAGGCGCAGCGUCCACGUUUCAAAGUUUUCAAAGGUUCAUCUUAGGCUGCUGAGAAUUGCACCUGAUUGUUACAAAGAUACAUGUCAGGCCUUGUGGGAUCUGCCUUGCUGAACUUUGAGAGGCAUUCCUUAUGUGAAAUUGGUAGCAGCUCUGUGUAAACUUGAAUGAGGGGGUAUCUUAUAUAUUGCUGUAAUUUUGUCUUAUGUAAUCCUGGAAUUUGAAGUUUGUAACUGUAAUAUCAUUGCAUAGCUACAGAAUGGAUGAAGAUGAAUUGAAAUGCACUACAAUUUUGGGUAGUUAA